AUUCCCAAAUGGAUUCCAAAGAAACACAACCACCACCGUCAACCGCCUCUCAACCACCGCAAUCAACGCCUUCGCAACCACCGCAAUCACCGCCGCAACAAUCUCAACAUCCACCACAGCAAUCAAAUAUCCCUCAACCUACAUUAACCCAAACACCUGAAAUCCCCCAAAACCCUAACCCUAACAAUAUUCAAUCUUCAGCAAAUCCACUUCACAAUCAACAGCAAUCAAUACACAACCACAACCACCAAUCUCAAAUCAGAGCACCACCAAUGAACAACAGAAUCCGACCACCACCACCGCAACAGCAACAACAACAACAACCACAAGCUUUAUCAACAUCACACUUCCAAUCUACCACUCCGACUCCUAUCCCAAACACUGUUACUUCAACACCGCAUCUUCAAAGAGGUGGCGUUGCAAUUGGUGUACCAGCUCAUCCUUCAAGACCACCAACACCAUCAUCACAACAACAACCUUCUCAUUUCUCUUCGUUUGGUCCUUCUUCUUAUACUACUCAAUUUAGUCGGAAUCCUGUGAAUGUUCCUGAAACCCUAACCCCUAAUCAGAUGAAAUCUGUACAUCCAGGAAUUCAGAAUAUUGGAAUGAUGGGUUCGAUUAGUUCAGGUUCGAUUAUGCGGCCGAUGUCACACCUUCAGAACAGAGCUGCGGUGUCUUCGCAGUCGGCUAUGAGACCACCGGUUCCAGCAACUAAUCAAUCUCUAGCUGCUAAUCAAAAGUAUCAAAGCCAUGAACAACCUCAUGUUUUACAAAGAGUGAGUACAACUAGUGCUCCAUCACCUGCCUCACCAGCUGGUAUGCAACCACAGCUUACACAGCAAUGGAUGUCAUCAACCGGUCCAGGGAGACCAAUGCAUUCACCUACUUUAACAUCCCCUCCAUACAGGCAGCAGAUGAGACCACAAACCUUGUCACAAAGAUCCCAUAUUCCUCAGCAGCACCCCCAUUCUUACUCAACGGUCUCUCAUCAGAUGCCAUCGGCUCCUCAACAACAACAGCAGCAACAACAACAACAGCAACAACAACAACCUUCUCAGCCAAAUCAGUCACAAGAGCAUUACAAUCACCAAUUUCCACCAACAAGGAUCCAACAACAACCCUCACCACAUCCAGCACUGGCUUUGAGAGGUUUAACUCCAGGAAGCCUGAAAACUUCUACUACAUCACCAUCUGGAGUGAACAACUCGCCGUUUAAUGCAGAUCCUGGUGAAACUAGUAACCAGAUUCUCAGUAAGAGAAGCAUCCACGAGUUAAUAACUCAGAUUGAUCCAUCAGAGAAGGUUGAUCCGGAGGUUGAAGAUAUUCUGGUGGAUAUUGCAGAGGAUUUCGUCGAGUCGGUAACAACUUUUGCCUGUUCACUGGCCAAGCACCGAAAAUCAAAUGUCCUGGAAGCAAAAGAUAUCCUUCUACAUCUAGAAAGGAACUGGAACAUGUCACUACCUGGGUUUGGUGGGGAUGAGAUAAAGAACUACAAGAAGCCGUAUACAAAUGAAAUUCACCGAGAGCGCCUUGCAGCGAUUAAGAAGUCAAUGGUGCUAUCUGAUGCUGCUGCAUAUGUGAAGAACUCCGUCGGAGCUGCAACUGGAGCUGCAAAAGGCCAUGCAGCAAAGGCUGCACCAGCUCCAUAAAGUAGACAACCAAAGGUUUUCUAUUUUGUUUUUGUCCUGAAAAAAGCGAAACAGCUGUAAAUUUCCAAUCAUACCCAUUUUUGAAAGGUAUGAAAUUUUUUAUCGGAAGGAUAAAAAAAAUUGCCUACUUUCAGCC